GAUGGCGCUUGUUUCUCUCUACAGGAGCCGUAAAGGAGGGGCCUCCACUUAAAUUGACUGAGCCCCGCCCAAACAAGUCAUUCUCUUAAACAUAUCUAACGCACCUGUAUUAUCGUAGUUUGACUGCGCAUUAUUACUUACUCACUGGCGAGAGAGCAGAUCCGCGCAGGGAAAUCUGUUUACACUGGUAGUAAAGAGAGAGUUGCUCUCAUCUGAUCACAAUAAUCCACCCUCGCCCGGACAUCCAGGAAAACAACACUUUUGACAAAGCGAGGGAGGAAGAAUGGCGGAUCCGAGCUGCCCUGCUGCAGAGGUCGGGGCUGAAGACUCCGGCACCGCCGCCGCCACCGAGGCGGCCUCCCCGGCGGCCCCGCCGGCUGCAGCCGCGGGAGCCGAGCCCAGCCCCUGCGCCGAGCUGGUCCGGGGCCAGAUGUUUGAAGUGGGGCCCCGCUACACCAACCUCAGUUACAUCGGGGAGGGGGCGUACGGCAUGGUGUGUGCUGCUCACGACACUUGGACAAACCAGCGGGUAGCCAUCAAGAAAAUCAGCCCAUUUGAGCACCAGACGUACUGCCAGCGUACACUGAGGGAAAUCAAGAUCCUUCUGCGUUUCAACCAUGAGAACAUCAUUGGGAUCAAUGACGUGAUCAGGGCACAGCACAUUGACAACAUGAGGGAUGUCUACAUUGUGCAGACUCUGAUGGAGACUGACCUGUACAAGCUGCUGAAGACCCAGAAGCUAAGCAACGACCACGUGUGCUACUUCCUCUAUCAGAUCCUGCGAGGCCUCAAGUACAUUCACUCUGCCAAUGUGUUGCACCGUGACCUCAAGCCCUCCAACCUGCUUAUCAACACCACCUGCGACCUCAAAAUCUGUGACUUUGGCUUGGCACGGAUAGCUGAUCCCGACCAUGACCACACAGGAUUCCUGACUGAGUACGUGGCCACACGUUGGUACAGGGCUCCAGAAAUCAUGCUCAACUCAAAGGGCUACUCUAUGUCAAUUGACAUCUGGUCAGUGGGCUGCAUCCUGGCGGAGAUGUUGUCUAACAGGCCCAUCUUCCCUGGAAAACACUACUUGGACCAGCUCAACCACAUACUGAGCAUUCUCGGCUCUCCAACUGAGGAAGAUCUGAAAUGCAUCAUUAACGACAAGGCAAGGAACUACUUAAAGUCCCUGCCACCAAAAAAUAAGGUUCCCUGGGACUCGCUCUUUCCCAAGGCGGAUCCAAAAGCUCUGGAUCUGUUGGACCGGAUGUUGACCUUCAACCCACACAAGCGCAUCAGCGUCAUCGAGGCCCUGGCUCAUCCUUACCUGGAGCAGUACUAUGAUCCCUCAGAUGAGCCUGUAGCGCAGGAGCCCUUCACGUUCUCCAUGGAAGUGGAUGAUCUUCCGAAGGAACAGCUCAAGCAAAUGAUCUACGAGGAAACUGCUCAGUUCCAGAAAAACAUCCUGCCUCAGACGCAGACACAGACCUAACGAAUGAUGAAGCCACACAGAUGAUUGCGACAACAAGACCCCAAAUGAUAUGCUAAAACAAAGAAAGCCCUUCAAGAAACCAACAAAAAGCUUAAAGCGUAAAUAUGGACAUUUAACUGCUUGUCUUUCCAUUUCUGCUGCAGGAGACAGUGAAGUAUGAACUAGAUUUCUGUGGUCGAGUGAGGUGGUGGUGUCGUACUGUUUCUGUUCUGUCCAUGUUGGACUCUCCUCUCACCUCGAUUUUCUUUUAUUUUUUUGUGGUUUACUGCCCAAGCUUGUGGAAUUCUACGCGUCUCAGCUCUCCUUUCGGUGACCUCAUGUCAUAUGUACGUACUACUGUAUUAACCAACAUCAUAACUCUGUUUUGAUCCAUGUAAAUUAUGACUUGGAGACUGAAGGAUAAAAGAACGGGGUUGCUAAUAUAUAUGUAUACUUUUUUUUAUGUGCUUAUUGCAGUUCUCAGAGUCACACUUGUAUGUUUGGAGUUUAUAUUUGCAAGUCAGUCUUGAACACUUUAUUUUUGAAAACAAGCAUUCAAUAUUUAUUGUGGCAUGUUAACAGGUUUUCUUAACUGUUGUUCUAUUUUUUUAUUUAUUUUUUUGCUGAAAAAGUGUGUGGUCAUAUCGAUGCAUGCAUUCCUGAAAUCUACCAAAGUAGCAGAGGUGCAAGGAACUUAGCUGAGCUGGGGAUUUAUUUUCUUCUUCUGAUAUUUAGACCCUUAAACACACUUCUAAUGCAGAAUUUCUCUCUCGGGCAAAAACACUGUUAUAUCCAGGAGAUGCUACGGGAUUUGAACACACUGGGCUGCAGCGAAAACACAUACCCUUUGAGCUGCAUGUUUGUUCGGAUGUUGCAGCUGGGAUACCUAAGCCCAUUUUCCAGACAUGUCAUCGGAGUUGAUGCCUCGUCAGUUCGGCUGAUGUUUGUGUCACUGUGCAGCUUUAGCCAGGAUAUAGAACAAUGAGACUUGAAACAUUAGAAACUGAAUGACUGUCUGGCGGAUUUACUUGCAACACCAUGUUGUUUUUCUGAAAUUACAUCGCACUCUUGUUACAUCUUGUACUGUAGCAUUCUGGAAAAUGGGUAACCUGAACCUGAGAGCUUGCGUUCGUUUCUGCAGCCGUUUGACCCGGGAACUCCUACAACAUCAGGGAGUGUUUACGCGCGCUAAACUGACAAAACGGCCAAAUCUGAGGAAAUUUAUGGAGUGCAAGUUACAACAGAUGUGUUCAGACUAUGACAUCAAUCUGAUUUAUUAGGAGAACAGUUUUGCCUAAGUGAGAAAUGCCAGUGAGCAAAACCAUUGAGCUGGUUAAUUUAAAUGGGGAUUUAACCUGUUAAUGUCACACUUGUACAUUUUCUGCUACGAAAAGCAAAAAACUGUCCGUUUUUCACAGCAGAUCUCUUUGGCAAGUCCUGAGAGAACUUAACUUGUUACUGCACAGCUAAACGGUUAUUAAAAUUCAUCUGCGCUAGAUACUGGCAGAACGACAUCUUAAGAUUGCAAGAUUAAUAUUCAGAAAGUUAUACAGUGCAAAUGUCUGAGUCUACCCCUCUGGUCUGUCUGUGCUCCCUCUUUGCAUUUUUCUGGCUGCUGUUGACAUGUGUAUUGUCGAUUGUGGGUAAAGAUAGUGCUACAGUGGUGCUCAUGCUAUGUUGCUCAGGCCCGGUUCCUGGUGUUUCUAUACGUGUCAGCAUGCAUUUCCUGUCUGUUAAUGUUGGUUUAUAGAGUCUGCUCCCUGUUCUUUAAAACUGGAUGAUGUGACUAUGCUAGUUCCCACUUGGUGGAGCAUCACUCGUGGACCCAGUUCUGUCUAAACUAAUGUGUUGGUUUCUUUUGUACUCUAACCAGUUUAAAAAAAAAAAAAAAAAGUCUGCAAAAAUGGACCAAAACUGCACUGGAUCUCCGUACCUGUGGCAGGCCCGUGAUGCACUGGCCUCAUUUGUCUCGCUGUAAAAUCUCUGACUUGCCUCUUAUAUCUGGAGCUUCAGCUGCACCUGCCGGUGUUUUCUCAGCAGCACUCUGGGAUCGGUGUGAGGCUUUAUGGUGCAUGGACAUAUUUAUGCUUUUGUUUAUCCUCCGAACCUUUUGCCACGCUUUACUCAAAGGGCUUCCCCUUCUUAAUCCUCUCUUUUCUCGUCAUGCACCCUGUCCUUUUUUUUUUUUUUUUCCCCUCACUGACUGCACUGCCUCCUCUCUCUUUGCCCUUUCUCCGGCUCACCUGGAUAAUGGACAGUUACAAGAGCAGGAUCCCUGCUCCCAUCCUGUGACUCAAUCAGCACGUCUGCACUUUGUCUUUCCAGCCACGUGCCCUGCCCUCCCUCCCUUCCUAGAUGAGUCCCCCCCCCCCCAUAUCCUGCUUGUUUAGCUUUAAUUUUCUUGUGCUGCGUGCGUUAAGGUCGUGUGCAGAAGUGAUUCUGUUUCCCAGUGUUUGUUCGUCUACUCAUCAGAAACGUAAAGCCAAGACUCUUGUUCUGUCCGUGUGUUUGAUUUGGACGUGUUCAUUGCUUUCUUGGGCCUUCUCCCAACAGUUUAUCUUUGCUUUUAACCAGACCAGACGUCCUAGCUUUCUCUCUCUUUUUUAAAAAAUAAAAAAUGUUUCCCCCCCCUCCUCUUACUACCAGAGCAAAUAUCUUGCUGGGUAACCAUGGCAACAUACCAAGAGGAUCAUGUUCUGAAAUCCUGACACACUCACCCACACAUCCAGUGUUUCUGAGGGGUGUGUUUGUGUUGCAUGUAAACGUGCCCCGUCUACAUUCACACAGUAUUGACGAGUCUUAAGGGCCGCCUGUUUUUCAGAUGGGCCUUUCCAAAUGUGGUUUUGAAAUGGUUGUUCUUAUUAUUGAUAUUGUUACAAUGGUAUAAUGUUGUUUUGUUGUUCUUUUUUUUUUUUCUUUUUUUACAUAAAGGGAGUUCAAGUUGUAUUUUUUUUUUAUUAGUAUGUUUUUAAUUUGAUUUUUUUUUUCCUGUGGGUGACUGUUACUAUUAGUGUUUUCAGUCUUUCUGAAACAAACUUUUUUUUUUUUCUUGAAUUUCCCCGGCAAGAUCUUAUAAGGAACUAUUUUAAAAAUGACGUAAGGAUUGUCCAAGAGCGAUGAGUUAUUGAUGGUCACAGUCUGUUUUAUUCUAUGGGUAUUAUGAAUUAAAUGAUUAACAAAGACAGAAUUAUAUACAUAUAAUGAAAUAAAAUUUCCUGAUACUG